AUGGUUGCGAAAUACUUCAAGAGGGCUGAGGGCAAGGAAAUUGCGUGCGACGUUAUCUUACACGAGUUGUGCAGGGUGAGGGUGAUCGGCAUGCACUACGAGGCACGUGUCCAGUGCGUCCGCGACUGGCACGCCGAGCGCAAAGUUUGGAUGAGUAAGGCUGAUUGUCGGGAUACGCUCAUGGCACCAUGGCAGUACAUGCAGCACCCUCCUCAGUACGUCGGGGAAGACAGGGCGUGCUUUCUUGCGAUGGUCAUAUGGUGGACAUCCCGCGAGUACGCCCGGAAGCACGAGGAGGGCAAGCAGAAGCGUUCAGAGAUGGGAGGUGGAUCACAUGUCCUGGGCAGCAAGAACUUGGCCCUUACCUUGCAGGAUGAGGAAGUGAAGACAGGCGUGGCACCAAACUUGUUUGGCUUUUUCCAAAAGUCGAAGACCGGGAAGGAGCCGCAUCCUCGAAACGGGGUCCUUUUCAAGGACAAGCACGGCGAAGACGCCCGACCCAACCACCGAAGAGUUUGA